UAUGGACAGAGCCUCCACUGAGCUGCUGCCUGCCCGCCACAUAUCCAGCUGACAUGGGCACCGCAGGAGCCAUGCAGCUGUGCUGGGUGAUCCUGGGCUUCCUCCUGUUCCGAGGCCACAACUCCCAGCUCACAACGACUCAGACCUCUAGCUCUCAGGGAGGCCUCGGCAGUCUAAGUCCGACCACAGAGCCAGUUUCUUCCAACCCAGGAUCCAUCCCUUCCUCAGAGGCUAACAGCCUAAGCCAUCUGGCCAGCACCGGUACGCCAGGCGCAGGUGUCCCCAGCAGUGGAAGAGGCGGAGGCACAAGCAGAGGUAUGUCCUGCUGCGCUCAACCCUGA